CGAUCCGCCGUGUGAUCGGAUCGCCCGCUCAGUCGAUCAGAGUCAUUCGAACGCGCCGCUGCUCGACAAUUUCAUCUUUGGCGCGCAAUAAAAUUACAAUAAAACGAGUCGCUGAUUAUUUUACAACAUCUAUAUAGUGGUACAAAUAUUUACAUGUACAUAUGUGCUGCAUUCGAUUCGCGUCGGCCUUUUGGAAAUUGGAUUAAAUUAUUGUAUAAAGUCUGGUAAACUCAAGUAAAAAAGUGCACAAAGAUAAACAUCAAAGACAUAAUCAAACAAAGAGAAAAUUUCAAACAGAAUUUCAACUGAGUAGAGAUCAAAUGUUACUGUUUGCAGAUGCUCAUAAUGUGAUGUGAUAUUUGCCAAAAGCCUUGAGCCUCCAACAGUGUCAGAAAAUCCGAUACCACAAAAAGAACAAGUUCUGAAUGUGCAAAAAUGUUCUCCCAAAUCUGAGGGAGGAGGGAUGCUAAAUAGCUAAACCAACAGCAGCAGAACACGAAACCGAGAGAGACAGAGAGAUAUCCCCAGAGUCAAGUUCUGAUUACGCGAUGCAUGUGAAUUAUAAAAGGAAUAUGAACGGGCAGCCGUUGAGUGCCGAUAUGAGCAAUCGGAUCAUUAAUCUGACGACUGGCAAGAACUGCAGCACUUCAUCCACAGAUUCUGGUGUCAUACUCAUCGAUAAUGUGCCUAACUUCAAGGCUGAGGGACCAAUGACCAAAGAUACGAGUAGCAGCAGCGAUGAGGAGCCCCAGUCAAGACCCAAGGCGGAAGCGAAUACGAAGUCACAGGAUCCCAAGCUCAUUAGCAUCGAGCAUACAAUAAAUAUCAGUCAGAGUAAAGGGGCUAAGACCUCGCCCACUCUCUCCAUUCGGAGUACGACUAUCUCGAUUGUGUCCAUCGAUGAGAAUGCCCUCGAUUCCAGCUGCAUUGAUAGCGACUCCGAUGUCGAGGGCAGCCACGAUGACUGCACGGUCCAGAAGCUAGGCCAGCAGAUCAGUUACCCGCCCAACUGCAGCUCCCAGCUUCGUGACCUUAACCAGGGCCUGACCCUAAUCAGUCGUCAGGUGACACCGGGCCAGACCGAAGUGCCGCCACCCACAGCCUCCGAGGCUGGGGCCAUGGCCAAGCAGCUGCUCAACGGGACCCUGGCCUUGGCCACCCCCACCCAAACCGGGCCCAAUUCGCCGCAGGGCAUCGGCAGCAUAGCGCUGACCAACUCCACAGACGUGACCUUCGGGGACAAGCACUUCUAUGAGGGUCCCGUCACGAUACAACAGUUUCUCAUCGACAAUCGGGACAAGUGGAAACCCGGCGAUUGCGCCGAUGGCGGUUUGGGCGCUGGCCAAGAUAAUCCCGCCUUCAAUGGUCGCCCCCAGGCGAAUGGCACUCCAGCGGGUUCCAAGCUUGAUGAUCCUGGUCAGCAGGCGCCUAUGCUCUGUCCGUAUCUGCCAAAUACCAUAAGUCGCAAGGCCAUCAGCAUAACGGUGGCAUUUGUAUUGUUAACAACACUAUUGGGCAUCAUAUUGGCCACCACAACGAACCUCUUUGGCAAGACGUUGAACAAAAGUAAGCUCGGUGAUGUUCUCGACGAUUCCAGACUAAAUAUUCCAAUCAAUUCAACAAUAGAUCAAGACAACAUUGGCGGCGGCCUGAUCCUGCGUUUUGUUCACCGUCAAGCCUGGCUGGCCCAGCCGCCGCAGAAGACCCUGGCCGAUCUCAUGCUUCCCGUCUCCCUGGUCAUCGUGCUGCCCACCAAUUCCGACAACUGCAGCACACAGGCCCAGUGUGUGCUGCGUGUACGCCUGCGUCAGACGUUUGACAUUGAGUCCCUUCAGGAGGACGACAUUGCCUUCAACUUUGUGAUUGGCGGCGAUGGCAAUGUGUAUGUGGGUCGUGGCUGGAACCAGGUGGGGGCCCACAUGAGUGGCUACAAUGUACGGAGUUUGAGCUUCGCGUACAUCGGCUCGUUCCAAAACCAGAAGCCGUCGGCCAAGCAGCUUAGCGUCACCCAUCUGUUGCUCGAACGUGGCGUCAGUCUGGGCAAGAUUUCCCCCAAUUACCGCCUUACGGGUGCGAGCAAACUGGAGCCCAGCAUCACCGAAUACAAGGCCGAUCAACUUUACCAGAGCUUUAGCAAUUGGACGCACUGGUCGUGAUUAGGUUAGGCCAUUUACUAGCACUAGUACGAGUACAUAUGUAUUGUAUAUUUGAUAUUGUAAUAUAAUUUCAUCCUUCUCCUUCUUUAAUGUGUGGCAUAUACAAUUUAGCUAGACUUACGAUUCGCUCGAAAUCUGAAGAAAAUGUGAUAUUAUAUGAAAACCAAAAGCAAAAAGCGA